CAUAAGUUAUGCUUAUUCAACUAACAUUUAAUCUAAGUUCAAGUUCUUCCUAAUGGCAAAUGAGCACUAUUAAGGUUCUGGCUGAAAAUUUCAGAGCAGACAAUUUUGUUUGUAUCACACCUCAUCAAGUCUACAUCAAGCCACAUCAUGUUGAACAAGAACAUUCUAUUGUGGUCUCUUCAGAUAUGCCUCCUAGGAACCACUCUUGGUGGGAAUGUUCUGAUCUGGCCAAUGGAAGGGAGUCACUGGCUAAAUAUUAAGAUAAUUAUAGAUGAACUGAUUAAAAAAGAGCAUAAUGUGACUGUCCUAGUUGCUUCUGGUGCACUUUUCAUCACGCCGACCUCUAACCCAUCUCUCAAGUUCGAAAUAUAUCAGGUGCCCUUUGGCAAAGAAAGAAUAGAAGGAGUGAUCAAGAACUUUGUUUUGACAUGGAUGGAAAAUAGACCAUCUCCUUUAACCAUUUGGAGAUUCUAUCAAGAGAUGGCCAAAGUUAUCAAGGACUUCCACAUGAUGUCUAGAGAAAUCUGUGAUGGUGUUCUUAAAAACCAAAAGCUAAUGGAAAAGCUGAAGAGAAACAAAUUUGAGGUCUUGCUGUCAGAUCCAGUAUUUCCUUGUGGUGAUAUAGUAGCUUUGAAACUGGGAAUUCCAUUUAUCUACUCUUUGAGGUUUUCUCCAGCUUCAACAGUGGAAAAGCACUGUGGGAAGGUACCAUACCCUCCUUCCUAUGUUCCUGCUAUUUUAUCAGAACUCACCGACCAGAUGUCUUUCACUGACAGAAUAAGAAAUUUCAUUUCCUACCAUCUACAGGACUACAUGUUUAAUACUCUUUGGAAAUCAUGGGAUUCUUACUACAGUAAAGAAUUGGGAAGACCCACGACCUUAUGUGAGACUAUGGGGAAAGCAGAAAUUUGGCUAAUCAGGACAUAUUGGGAUUUUGAAUUUCCUCGUCCAUACUUGCCUAAUUUUGAGUUUGUAGGAGGAUUGCACUGCAAACCGGCCAAACCAUUACCUAAGGAAAUGGAAGAAUUUGUCCAAAGUUCAGGUGAAGAUGGUAUCGUUGUAUUUACUCUGGGGUCGAUGGUCAAAAACCUCACAGAAGCGAGAGCCGAUCUCAUUGCCUCAGCCCUUGCCCAGAUUCCACAGAAGGUUUUAUGGAGGUACUCAGGAAAGAGACCGACCACACUGGGGGCCAAUACUCGGCUCUAUGACUGGAUUCCACAGAAUGAUCUUCUCGGUCACCCCAAAGCAAAAGCUUUUAUCACUCAUGGUGGAACCAAUGGGAUCUACGAAGCUAUUUAUCAUGGGGUGCCGAUGGUGGGAGUGCCCAUGUUCGCUGAUCAGCCUGACAACAUCGCUCACAUGAAGGCCAAGGGGGCUGCUGUGGAGGUGAACAUAAACACAAUGACAAGCGAAGAUUUGCUCAAUGCCUUGAAGACAGUCAUCAAUGAACCUUCUUACAAAGAGAAUGCUAUGAGGUUAUCCAGGAUUCACCAUGAUCAGCCUGUAAAGCCCCUGGACCGAGCAAUCUUCUGGAUCGAGUUUGUCAUGCGUCACAAAGGAGCCAAGCACCUGCGGCCAGCAGCCCACGACCUCACUUGGUACCAGUACCACUCUCUGGAUGUGAUUGGAUUCCUGCUGGCCUGUGUGGCAACUGUUAUAUUCUUGGUUACAAUGUGUUGUUUGUUUUCUUAUCGAAAAUUUGGUAAAACAGGAAAGAAGAAAAAAAGGGAAUAGAUCUUUUAAGUUUGGUUAAGUCUUCAAUGGACAAUUCUGUUCAUUGUAACCACAGUGACCUUAAUGAAAACAUAACCUCUCCAUCAUGGUUCCAAAAUCCUCAUUCCUCUCUACCUUAACCUAGAGAUAAAAUCUAGAAUUCAAUAAUAGCAUUAGCUAGUGGGCAUGUCCUAUUCUUCCUUUAGCUUUUCCCAGCUGGCUUUACCCUCUUCCUCAAGCUUCCUUGACAAAGGUACACUAAAUAAUUUUAUGUUGAUUCUAUUCAUAAUAUCAUUUUUUCUUUAUUUUUAAUCUUAAGUGAUAGGCUGACUAACAAGAUGCUGAAUCCUGGGAAAUAUACAAAAUAUAAGCUGAAGUUGUAGAUGCAGAAACACAGAAGAAUAUAAUUCACAAGUUCCUCUGGAAUAUUCGCUAAGAGUUCGCUAAGAGGCUCUCGGGCUUUAUGGAGCUCUGCCAGAAUGACCAGAUCGUGCUACUCAAAGCAGGUGCCCAGGGAGAGAGGACAGGCCCGGGGCAAUGGGGACAGGUAAAUAAUAGUUAGGAAACCAUCACUGGAGAUUUGUAUAAGAAGAGUGAUAAUUGCAUUUUUAUAAAAAUAAGGCUUUCUGCUUGCCCAUUGUUCCUGAGUUCAGAGCCAAAUCAGUAACAACUUUCAUGGCACAACACAUGGAAAGGUCUACAAUUUCCAUUGAACACAUGCAUAAUCAUGCCUACACUCCUGCCUUUAGUCAGCAGGUGUUCUUGUGUGCCCGUUAGUGCAAGAGACAGCACUGCUUUCAAGCAAGAGAUCGACUGAAUCAUUGUUUUUUUUCUCAGGGACAGAGGAUGUCAGCAGUAUGUUAAAGGUGAAUAAAUCAUUUUUAGAGGAAAUAUGACAAGAAAUAUAGAAAAAGUUUAAUAAUUUUAUGAAAUUUUAAUUAAUAGUACAACUGACAAUCUUACAGUUAAAUGUUGAUUCAUCAUGUUUAAAAAUCAUUAAUGAUCAUAAUCUAUAGUCACUAUUUACAAGCAAAAAUUUUGUUUUCUGUCAAAAAAGAAAUAUCUUCUUGGAAGGUAAAACCAUUAUGUUAUCUUUCAGUCUCUAGCUUCUACAAAUUUAAAUUCAAUUAAUUGUCAUGCCAAGGACAUAAGACGUUAGCAGGCCCGUUCAACCAAGGCUGUGUUAUACUAAAUAUUUAUCAAUGCAAAACACUAAUUAAAGGCAAUGUUCAUGUUUGAAUCAGAUUUACAUUAAUUUAACAAAUGGAUUAAAGACUCCUUAUAAACUUAAUGCCAUGUUUAACUAAAGUUUUAAUUUCACUAUUUGAUUUCAGAAAUUAAAGAAAUAAAUGUCAUCCACUGGUUUACUGAAAUUUUUGAAAUUCUGUUUCAUUUCAAUAUGCGUAUUCAAAAUUACUUCCAAUUUUAAAAUAGUCACAUAAUGGGAACAUGUAAGUACUUCUUGAACAUGCACGUUACUGAAAAUGCAAGUAAAUUCUACAAAUUUUUUUGAGAAAGCUGAAAAUGUAUUUGUUAAAUGUUUUAACAUUUUUAAAAGAUGAUUCAUAUUGAUGUGCUCUGGCUUUUACAAUUUUAUUAAGUUUGAGAAGAGCUGUUUAUGUUUGCUCUGUGUUCAGCUUAUUUUCUGUGAUUAGAAUGCAGCAAAUGGCUAAGAUCUAAUGAGAGGAGGGCUGGCCAUCCUUAGCCCUGAGCACUACUUAAGUGCAGGCACUGCCUAAGUGGUUUCCGAGCCUGGACAUCCAUACAUAUAAGACUACCUCAGCUCAAUAGCCAUUGCUCACCCGAUUUCUCUCUUUCUGCUUUCUGAUUAUCUACACAUUUCUUCCUUUGAGUUUCAUCAGAAUCCAGCUGGCAAAAAUUCCCAUAUGAUGCCAACUGCAUUAGUUAAAGUAACUGCAACAUAUACUAAAUGAAUAGGAAUAGCCAUGUUCAUAGUAAACAAAUGAAGAAAGACAAGGUAAUUUUCCAAAUAAAGGACAAAGGAAAGACUCGAAAUUUUAAGAAAGAAUGGAUAUGAAAAUAAUAUUAAGAAGUUUACUAUUUGUACAACCUUUGAAAUAAGCCAGAAUAAAUAAAUAUUAAUAGGGCCAAAUUAUAUAAGCUAUAUGAAGCUGUGUGGACUUGCCCACUGUCUGACCAAUGGCCUAUAAUUAACCCUUGGAUUUUGAAUCACUCAGAAUCCAGGUAUCACCAACAAAAUGGUAAUUAUGGGAAAUGUCAAUGUUGUGAAGAUACAGAGAAAUUUCCUAUUCUUCUCGUUAAGUCAAGCUUACAAGGACUUUAUGAGUACACUCAAUUAGAUGGCACAUUUAGACAAAGUAACUCACCACUCAUCGAAUUUGCUGGCUUUUUGCCUUCAUCAAAGUGAUCUUGAACAUGAAAAGAAUCAAUAAAAAGCACAAGGCCAUACAUUGGCUAUAUCUGAAUAGUGGCUGAGCUGAACCUUGAAUCAUAGGCUCCAACCCCCAAAUACUUACAUAAACUAAUUUUUGCAACAGCUCCCUUUGGACCCAUUGAAACAAAGAUACUUAAAAUAUAUUUGGAUAUUUUCCUGUAAAAUUGAUUUGAAUUUUUAAAAGUUAUUUUCUUUAGGAAAUACUGUCUGCAUGUGUUAAUUUUCUAUUUCAAAGAUAGAGUGUACUUUUUUUCACAUUUACUUUAAGUUCUACAUGCACUCACAUGUUUUAAACUCAAGUUAUGCACUACCUAUGCUUUUUCAUACAUGGAGAAACACUCCCUUUAUUUUAUCUGCCAUCAAAUUACACCUGGCAGCAUUUCAAUAACUUUCCAACACUCCCAGUGAGCUCUGCCAUUUGCCUGCUCCAGGCAGUGACCUCUGCUCCUGUUUUACUGGGAGUGUGUCCAGGUUUGGAAAUCACUCCAUGUUUCCUUGUCUCAAUCUGUGACUCUACUUCUCUUCCUCCAUAUUCAGCCAUAAUAUAAUGACGAGAGGGUCUUACUGCAGUCACCACUCAUAGUGAAUGAGUAGGGGCUCUAUAACACAGAAUUUGUUUUGAUUUCCUGCUCUGGUGAUAAGGACCAAACACUUAUUGAAGUAAAGAAAAUAAAUUAUUUUUAUGUAAUCUUAUUGCUUUUCCACCAUUUUCCUAAAAAUGUCAAUGUAAUCCCAUACCUAAUUCAGUGAUAAUCCUGGGGACUAUUAUUAAAAGUCAGCACUCCCCCUUUUUUUGUCACACUAGAAGCAUUGUGGAAAUUCCCUGAGCCAGGGGCCAAACCUGUGCCACAGUAGUGGCCCAAGCUGCUGGCUGCAGUGACAAUGUUGGAUGUGUAAACUGUUGCAUGACAAGAGAGUUCCCACUGUGGCUCAGCAGGUUAUAAACCUGGCUGGUACGCAGGUUCAAUCCCUGAACUAGCUCAGUGGAUUAAGGAUCCAGCAUUGCUGAAAGCUGUGGCGUGGGUCACAGAUGAAGCUUGGAUCUGGUGUUGCCAUGGCUGUGGUGUAGCCCCAGCUACAGCUCCAAUUCGACCUCUAGCCCAGGAACUUCCACAUGCUGACAGAUGUAGCCAUUAAAAAGAGGAAUUCCGACCAUGGUGGGAUAUAUAUGCCACACUUCUUUAUCUAGUCAUCUAUUGAUAGACAUUUAGUUUGCUUUUGAAUCUUGGCUAUUAUAAAUAGUGAUAAAAUAUAUAUGACAUAGGAGUGCAUAUAUCUCUUUCUGAAUUAGUGUUUUCUUUUCUUUUUUUUUCUUUUUUUUUUGUAUAAAUACUCAGGGGUAGAAUUGUUGAAUCAUAUCUAUUCUUAAUUUUCUGAGGAAUCUAUAUACGGUUUUCUAUAGUGGCUACGUCGGUUUUCAUUCCCAAACAACACUUCAUGAGGGUUGAGUAAAUCAGUAAAUAAAUAAAUAAAUAGUCACACAGAAUGUGGAAGUAUUCUUGCUACAUUACCUAGUUUAAAUUCCAAUAAAACUUUUAAAACAA